AUGUCUCCUGAUCUCAACUCACUCCCGCCGUCUUCAUCGCCAGUCACCGGAUACCCUCGCAUCAUGACCUCGACCAACGGCAAUGGCAACGGCAACGACAACGGCAAUGGCAAUGGAGGAGCCGCUGCCCCACCAAGGGAGUCGCCCUCGCCCUCCUCCCGUACUGCCUCCAUCUCGUUACAAGCUGCCGCCACCGUGAACGCUGGCCUGCAGCAUGAGCCAACUCGACGUUCCUCGAGCAGCUCUAUAUCGCGACACCGACAGUCACCCCAGACCGGCCGAAGACGCUCCACAGUCCUGAUGAACCUCCAGCUCAACGAUCCAUCCCUCCCCGGUCCGGGCGAGUUAGCCGCAGAGGGAGAAGGACAUGGUGUGCCUGCCGCGCUGAGCCCACGGCGCAUGUCGACAUCGCCCUCCUUGACUGGUGGCGAUCCCCACCACAACAGAGCCCCGAGCCUGGGAGAGCUUCAUCAAGAGCUUGAGGCCGAGCAGGAAGCUCAGGUGAACCGGCUUCUACAAAUGAUCCGCCAGCAACAGCUUCAGCUCCAACAGCUCCAGACAGGUCAAGGACAAAGCCAGACAAGUGUAGCUGCUGAGGACCCUACACCUACGUCGGAGCGCUCCAGUUCCGUAACGCAGCCGAAUAUAGAUGUGACAUCAGCUAUCCCGACACCCUUGGCCUCUACACCUCGAUCACCAGUCUUCUCACAGCCUCGAUUGUCUUUCGACAUGGCUCGAGAUGCACUGCACCGCGGAUCUAGGACGCCAAGUCGUGGCGCUUCGUCCCCGCGAAUGAGAUCAACCUCCUUUAGCCAAGAAGGCGAGCCACAUCUGUCAGGAGUUCGUGACGAGAGUGUCUACUAUCAGGCCGAGACGCAGUCGCUGGUUCGUGAGAAUCAGAUGUUGCGCCACAGAAUCCGUGAACUCGAGCGUCAAGUCAACGAGGCACAUGCAAGUGCUGCUGCGGUGACACGCGAGCCGGCUCAUCAUUCACAUCUGACGCAUGCCACUUCGGUGUCAGAAGAGGAUGCAGCUGCUGCUCGCACCUCACAGCCAGCGGUAGGGCUUGACAUCCUUCUGUGA